AUCUAAACUGUGCCUGAAACAAAAUCCAUACUAAACACAACACAAACAUCYUCCAUUUAUGCUACCUAAAAUCAUCAUUCUUAAACCAAAGUAAUAAUAAACUCAAGUUGUAGGUCCCUAAAAUACCUAACUGGUUACUGAUAUCUUCUGACUUGGAGUAGUCAUACAAUUUUCCCUCAGGUGACAUGAGACAUUUCUAUGUUUCAGGCAUGCCCGGAACAGCCAUUACGAAUUUCUCCUGUGUGAUUUACAACAUUUCCUUUAUGAACUGCACCUGGUGCGCAGGCAGGGAUGCUCCAGGCGAUACCCAGUAUUUUCUCUACUGGAAGAACUCAAGAGAAGAAGAAGAAACACAAUGCGAGCUUUAUGUUAAAGAUGAAAAUGGGACACACAAGGGAUGUCAAUUCCAAAAUGUGUCUAUAAAAGAUAUAACUACUUACUUCAUGGUGAAUGGCUCUAGCAAAGACUCCCUGAUUCGGUUCUAUGAUGAAUACAUCAUAUUGUACAAAAUUGAAAGACUCACCGCUCCAUUAAAUAUCACUGCCAAUUGUACUGCUGAGCCGCGAGGUUGCGUUAUUGAAUGGCAAGAACCCCUUACAAGUCAUGUGGAAAAUAAAGAUUGCUUUCAAUAUGAAAUUAACAUAAAAAACAAGGAUGAGCCCAAAGAAGAGAAGAUGAAUCCUCCUGUAAGAGUAAGGAACUACAGAUAUGAAUUUCAAAAUUUCAAUGCUAAAAAAAUAUAUAUUCUGAAAAUUAGAGCACGUGGGAAAAACUGUAAUGUAAACUCCAGCUGGGGAGAAUGGAGUGAGCCCAUUGAGUUUGGUCAAAGGAAAGAUGAUUUUAUUUUUGUGAUCUUAAUACUGAUAACACUUGGAAUAAUCUCUGUGACAUUGCUCCAAUUCUUUCUUUGCAAAAGGUACUGCAACUUCAAAAGAAUAUGUUCUCCCAUUCCACAACCCAGAGACAAAUUUCAUGUAUUAACUGAUGAAGAUAUGCAGAAAGAGUAUACAGAUGUACCCAAAAAAGCUUACAAUGAAGACGUAAGUGUGGUUGAAGAGAUGAUUUAACUUUCUGAAAAGUAAAGCGCUUUCAUUCCUCAGCUAAACAAAAAU